UCGCGGCACACGUUGGAAUAGAACUUGAACCUUGUGCCCUUGAAGAGGAAGUGCUUUUCAAGUGAACGACAUACGAACAAUGAAGCAUGCAGUUUCUUCGUGCUUUAUUUAUUGUAUGAAAAAGCUUGCAUAAGGGAGCGCUUGACAUUUGACAAAAACACUCCCAUUUCCACAUUUUGUUCACUUUUCCUUAAACAUGUCCACGAGUGGCAAGGUGAUGUCUUGGCAAUUUGGAUAAUUGCUGGGCAAAUAAGCAUGUUUGUUUACACACCUGGGCCCACAUGCAGACAACAACGUUUAUAGACUAGUCAUGACUAUAAAAAUGGCGGCACGGCGGGUGACCGGUUAGAGGGUCUGCCUCACAGAUUCUGGAUUCAAAUCCCGGCCCCGGGAUUUGAAUGUGUGGAGUUUGCACGUUCUCCCCCGUGCCUGGGUGGCUUUUCUCCGGGCGCUCCGGUUUCCUCCCACAUCCCAAAAACAUGCAUUGAUUGGAUGUGAGUGCGCUUGGUUGUUUGUUUGUUUGUAUGUGCCCUGCGACCAGUCGAGGGUGUACCCCGCCUCGGGCCCGAUGACAGCUGGGAUGGGCUCCAGCACGCCCGCGACCCGCGUGAAGAGACGCUUAACGGCUCAGAAAAUGGAUGGAUGGAUGGACGACUAAAAAUGCUGCGAAACUGGCCGUUGUUUUUCAUCUGUAUGUCACUAGGGGGCAGCGCUGGCACAAGUCCUCUUUUAAAGGGGGAUUUUAAGUACGGACGGUGGGGCAAGAUAUAAAUGUUGAAUAAGAAUCAAUAAUUGGUCAAUAAUUAAAUACGUCAUGGCGUUAAUUUAGAAAUCAAAUAUUGUGGGAAAUAAAUAAGGUGCAUUCAGGUGCUGUGGUGGAAGUAAUGUCAUAAAAUAAGCGACGCACAGCCUAAAAUGAUUUCGAAAGUGAAUUUGAACUUUUCAUACCCACAUUUUAAAAGUUGUGUAACAUUUUCAUCUCUAAAUGGUUGUAUCUCCUGCUAUGAUAAAGCGUAAUGAUUUGCUUGCCCGAUGAACAUAUGCGAGCGGUCAUCUCGCCAAAGAAGCCAGAUGACCGAGCGUGCGGCAGGACGUGAAGGCAUCAUCGCAGCCUUCGUGUGGGCCGUUCUUGUCAAGUUGUGUCACCGAGCGCCACGCUCGAGAAGUUCAAAGCAGUCAAAGUCACGGUAGACUUGCAAAACCAACUGACAAAGUCCUCCCAGUUGUGAAUUAGCGCCGCCGUCGAUGUGAGCGUCUACGAGCCUGAGCGCCGUGACAUGGCUGAGGUUCCGCCGCUCCGAGUAGACCCGGACUUUGAGCCUCUCAGCCGGCCGCGCUCUUGCACCUGGCCGCUGCCGGAGCUCGUUGACCCGGCCAGCUGCACCGCAGCUUCCCCGGGCCCGUCGGCGCAACAGGAGCCUGCGGGAAACUCGUGCUCGUCGGAGGAGAACCGCGACUUGCACGCGCCCCAAUGCGGGGCGGUGCGCCGCCAUCCCCACCUGCAGCAGCUGGUCGUCCCUUGCGGCGCGGCACCCUCGGGGGGCUCCGGCCACAGGAGGAGCAGCUCGUCCCGCCGCAACGCUUGGGGGAACAUGUCAUACGCCGACCUCAUCACCAGAGCCAUCGAGAGCUCCGCCGAGAAAAGAUUGACCCUGUCCCAGAUUUACGACUGGAUGGUGCAGAGCGUGCCCUACUUCAAGGAUAAAGGAGACAGCAACAGCUCUGCGGGCUGGAAGAACUCCAUCAGACACAACCUCUCGCUGCAUAGUCGCUUCGUGCGCAUUCAGAACGAGGGAACGGGAAAAAGUUCGUGGUGGAUGCUGAACCCAGAAGGGGGGAAGAACGGCAAGUCGCCUCGACGCAGAGCCGCCUCGAUGGACAACAACAGCAAGUUCGCCAAGAGCCGAGGAAGAGCCGCAAAGAAAAAAAUGGCUCCGCAGGACGGGGCCGAAGCAGGAGCGAGCAGUCCCGGUUCCCAGUACUCCAGUUGGCUGGGAAGUCCGAGCUCCCGCAGCAACGAGGACUUCGAGUCCUGGAGCUCCUUCAGAACACGCGCCAGCUCAGACGCCAGCGCCCCGAGCGGCCGGCGUUCGCCUUUCUCCUCUGAGCGGGACGACCUCGGUGAAGCCGAAGGUCACCUGAUGUACCCCGGGGGGAGUAAGAUUGCCACGCCCCUCCCCAGCCUGUCGGAAGUGUCUGGAUCCGUGGGCGGCUCGGAGAUGGACAUGGAGAACUUGGCGGACAACAUGAACCUGCUGUUUCCGAAGAACCCCCGAAUGAGUUCUGACUCCGCUAAUGUCGCCAUGCUUCAGAGCGGUCCCUAUAACUCCCCCCAGCCGCAGCAGGACUUCCAAAAACGCAUGUAUGGUCAGGCCAGGAUGAAGUCGAUGUCCCCUGUCCCGAUGCAUCCGCUGCGAGAGAACAAGCAGGACUUCGGGGCUUAUGAGAACCAAUAUAUCUGCCCUGCUGGCCCACUUAAAGAGCUGCUGACCUCAGAGGCAGACAUGAUUCCCUUUAAGGAUUCGCAAAUUUCUCACGUCGGGAGAAUGCCUACCUACGAUAGCCGGACCCAGUUGGGAGUUCAUAAAAUGAUCCAUCCCGCGCACAGUCUGUCUGUCCAUCACGCAAAUCUGCACGUUGUACAUAGCCAGGGUCCUCCGACCUCACGAGACUUGAAUAGCGGCAACGCGAUCCCCUUGACCGGUCCGAGCAGUCUCCCGGGGGCCCCUCCUCAAAUGACGAGCCCGAGGACGCACGUGCAACUGUCCCGCGCUCACCCGGCCCCGGCUCACGAUCUCACGUCGCCCUACCGCAGCAGCAGCGGCUACAGGGAGCUUUAUCCGCAUGCUUAUCGCCAGGAGCGGCUGCCCAGCGACCUGGACAAUGUGUCCAUCGAGAGGUUUGAAUGUGACAUGGAGUCCGUCCUCCAUGACACCCUCAUGGAUGGCGGGGUGCUGGACUUCAAUUUCGACCCGGCGUCCGGCUCGCAAGUGUUCCCCCAGAGGCUGAAGACCACCACGCACGGCUGGGUGUCAGGCUAGCUCGGUAGAUGUCGUUGUCCAGGCGUGUCCUGAUCCACCCUGAAAUAUUCCAAACUAUUUCCCCUCUUCCACCGCGCUUUAUCCUCACUAUGAGACCCCCCAAAAAUCUGUUACUCCACUAAGAGUAGCUGAAGUUAAGGUUCAUGUCUUCGUGAACCGUUCUUUGUUUACCGAUGCAAUUGGCUUUGCUUUGCCGGUAAGAGACACAAGACACAAGUUUACAAGUUCCUGUUAAAUGCUGGCCAUUCGUACUCUUCUACCUUGUUUUUUAAUGGGUUAAUGCUAUCCAUUUGCAAGAUUGGAAAGGCCUGUUACAAGUGUGAACAAAUUUGGACAUGUUACAGUUCAAGAGGGAAAAAAAGUACUUUUGCCACACUCAAAACAUAUCAUUCAAGCAAAUACAAAUGAACUUUGACUCAGGACUUAAUGGGACUUUUAAUACAGAUAAAGUAGGACGAUAAGCAAGUCGGGGGCUGGGUCGGCGUGAGUGAGUGUUUGCACGAGCAGGAAAUUCCACUUACACUUACUUGCCUUUGGCAAAUAGAUGUGUUUUUCCAUUAAUAACAGACGACAGGUUCCAAAACAGAUCAGAGAAUAGGUCGAUUCACUCAUGCUGCGCCGUGAAUAUACGGGGGUCCGCUCUAUAUUUACAUACAGCAUGUAUAAGAAGAAAGCAAACUUCCAUGAUGCACACACAAGUGGAAUUGUCGGUAACAUUCCGUAAAAGUCCACGAUGGUCCCUGAAAUCACUUGAAACUCGCAAUAAAUAAAUACAAAUACUGAAAAUUAACUAAGGAAAAUCUGCUGUUGCAUGUGGUCCAACAGAAUUAUUACCGAAAAGAAAAAUGACUGGCCUGGACAAAAAUGAACCGAAUGCUUGGAAGGAGCCGAAGUAUACAAUCUGGAGAGAAGGCCCCCUUCGAUGCUGAGGCAGCUGGAGCAGUUUGCUCGUGACCAUUGGCACAAAGUCUCCUUGUGAGUUACUGAAAUGAUUUGAUUGUGGUGAUUCUUUGAAAACAAUUCUCUUGGACCGCAAUGCCUGCUUUGAACUGGUUAAUAUUAAUUAUUACUAUUGUAAGUUUGAAGUUCUUUAACGGAAGUUUGCCAACAAUGUGUGUAUGUUGUCCAUGCAGUGUUAUAGACAGCCAGAGCGAGGGUUGGAUACAAUGUACUCAUCUAUAACCACGCACGUGUAGUUAAAAGUUACAUUUCACAUGAACGUGUCUAAGUUAAAUAAUGGGCGUAUGUACCAGAGCUGCACGAUAUUUGCUCGAGCACCGUCAUCGCGAUGUACAUUUGCACAAUAGUCACAUCGCAGGGUCUGCUGCGAUGUUGGUGUACUGUAAAAUACAGUCAAUCAACUGUAAUAUUAAAAGUGACCAGCAGAGGGACCUGUUUGGACAUGCUCAAAAGCUUAAAAGAUUGUACACCUGCUGGAUUUCCUAUUUCGCUCUUCAGAAUGAAACUCAGCAGGCAUGCGGCAGUGCGCGAGGUGUUUUCAGGAGCACUGCGUGUUGGCAGUCAAUCUGUUCUUUCCUAAUACAGUACAUAUUAGAAAAAUGGAUUACAUGGAAAAUUAUUAUUUGUAUCAGAAUAGUUUACUUAAAACAAUGUAUGAUCAUGCUGAGAAUAUGGAAUUUAUUUUGUUUUGUAAUAUAAGAUUAGAUACAUUAUCGCGUUAUUAUAGUCAGCCAGAGCUGCGAGGAAUGUAAAGUUAUCAAUGUCCUUUUACCAUCAUUCCUGUCAUACUGUGUUGUGUGUUUUUGUUUGCACAUUAAGUACAAAACUCCUGUUUUUGUUUUAAUUCCCCAUUCUUAAAAAAAAAAAAAAAACACGUUUUUCCUCAUAUUUUUUGAAAUUGUAGGGCGAAAGCUGCAGACGGCUACUUGUGGGGACUGAAUGGGUGGCAACAAUGGAGAAAUGAAAAGCCAGUAUUUUGAGGGUCACAGCCCGUCAGCAACGUUAAAAAUAAAUAACAACUGUCAACUAGUUUGUUUUUGGACCGGUGAAUUUAGUUCCACAUUUUGAAUUAUGAACUGAACUAGUUCAAUUUUGGAACGAUGAACUGAACUUUGAACUAGUUCGCAUAGAAAAUUUAUUUUCCCAGCACUGAUCCUGUAUUUGUUGUCAUCGCAAAUAUAUGUCGCAGAUUUAAAAAAUUAAAUAAAAAUAAUCGCAAUGUCAUUUUUUUCCAAUAUCGUGCAGCCCUAAUAUGUACACAUUCUUUGUGCAGCCCUCUAGAGGAUCCCCUAUACAAGAUUAUAAAAUACUAUAAAAAAAAAAAAAAGUAGGAGAAUAUUUUGACCACUGUGCAAAUGAUGAAUAAGCGGGCACGACAUCGAUGUGAAAAGAACCCCAGCAAAUAGUCACUCCAUUCUGACCAAUAAGUGCUUUAGGGCAGGGCUGUCAAACUCAAAUUCACAGUGGGACAGAGUCACGGGCCAAACUCAAUAUCCAUCCAUCCUCAACAACGCUUAUCCCGGUUCGGGUCGCGGGGCGCUGGAGCCUAUCCCAGUUCCCAGCUGACUUCGGGCGAAAGGCGGACAACACCCUGAACUGGUCGCCAGUCAGUCACAGGGCACACCAAAGUCAAUAUUUAUUGAAAAUUGACUGCGAUUGUGCACGCUUUCCAAUCAAUCCAGCUACGUAUGCAAUGUGAAACCUUAUCACAUGAAAACAAACUUAACUGAAUCUGGAAGAAGCAAACUUAUAGUAUAAUAUUCUAAACACGUGAGAAAUCAAAUGUGCAACAAAAGACAUCAGUAGUAUUUGUUUCUUAUUUCCACAGACAAAAUCUGUUGUGACAGAUAAUCUCCCUCCUACCUGUCCUGUCUCAAUAGCUCCUGUUUUCCAUGUUUUGUUCGACCAUUUUGGAAGUCUAAAUUUGCCCGAGGAGACUGCUAGCCUAGUUGCUAAUGAAGGCAAGAGAAGAGGAGGAGGCGCUGGCCGGUCUCGACUGACACGCUGACACAAUAGCAAAGUCAUCUCGGAUUUGCACUAUUAGCAGCGCAUGCUCUCAUACACAUUUGAUAUGGUCUCGCCGGCCAAAUGUAAUUACAUCCAUCAUUUCAACUUUCAACAUGAUUCUUGCUCAAAUCUGUACCAAUAUUUGAAAUCAUAAGAAUAAGAAUCACCUUUUAUUGUCAUGAACAUGCAUGCAUGCACACGAAAUUUGUUCUCUGCAUUUAACCCAUCACAGUGAACACAUACACAUGUUAGUAGUAAUUGUUGAACAAAUUGUUAUUCUUGACUUUUGAUUUGAAAACUAAUUAUCCAUAUUUUUGGGGGCAAAUACGUAAUACUAUGAUGAGGCCACAACAUACAGUUUAUGGUUUCACAGUCACGAUGGCCAUCUUAGGGAAACCGUACCAACAAUGUGGCCCGCGGCCAAAAAUGUUUUUUGACAGCAACCCAUCGUAUACAAACUGUGUGAUAUUUAUAUUUGUUUAGUUUUAGUUGUGACUGCUGGACCUUACCUCUUACUUGCCGGAUGUAAUGCUGUGUGUGUAUUUUCUUGUAUUUGGCUUGUGUUUUUGUCAAGACAAUAACAGCCACACAGGAGGCCAUCCAUUACCUUCUAAUGUUUUUUUUUAUGAACGCCGGAAUUGAAUUGCAUAGAAGAUGCAGUUGUUUGCAAAUAUAUUUCACGUCAUCUUCUUCCAUUGUUUUUUUUUUUGUGCUGCAGUGUGUUUUUAUGUUCAAAUUAAUGAGAUGCUUUUCAUAAUAGUUGAGCAAACACUGCACGGGAUUUUUUUAGCUGUACAUUUUUAGCAGCUUCAGUUUUUAUGUAAGAUUUUUUUUUGUAUCUCUCCUGAAACAUUUGAAAGAAAAUUCCAAUUCACUGUACCUAUAUACAUGUGCUCUCAGACUGUUGUACAUAUUCAGUUCUUUAGUAGUUAUAGUAUAUAAAUGUUUAAAUCAGUUUUUAUUAAUAUUCCCAAAUAUUGAAUUGUAUGUAUGAUUGUGUUACAAAUUUUUAUGCCCAAACUAUAGCAGUAAAUAUAUGAACAUUCAAUACCUCAAAAUAUUUUUACCUGUUAAGCUUUGAAGGGGUUGUUUUGCUCCUGCUGUUUUUUUGGUAUUACUUUUUUGUGCAUAUGUUUUGGUUUGUGUCUGAAUUGAUCUGAAACCAGUUCCGAAUGAACAUGUUCAGAAUAUUGUCUUCCUGCUUGUCUUUUGCAUGUGUUCUUUGUUAUGAGGAUUAAAGCCAUUACUUUCUAUAGUAAAUACUGUAUUUUCUGACAAUAAAAACAAUAAACUAAAAUAUAUUGUUUUGCAAAAUGA